UUAUCGUAUACAGAAGCUAAUAUUUCUUGUGAUUAGUCGACCUGAAACAAUACUGAUCAGAGAAAAAUGAAGAAGUCAGAGGUUCAGUCAAGUGGUAGGGGACGGCGUCCAGUAGAGCGACAAAAGAUGAGGCCAUGGCUCAUACAAUUACUAGACAACAACACAGCAGACGGCCUAAGCUGGGUGGACCGGAAACAGGGAUCCUUUAGAAUAAACUGGAAACAUGGAGCACGGAAUGGCUGGAACAUCAACAAAGAUGCCAACGUCUUCGAACUUUAUGCCAUCCAUACAGGACGACAUACUAAGAACCAGUCUCCAAACCCAAAGCGAUGGAAGGCGAACUUUCGUUGUGCGCUAAAUAGUCUUGAUGACGUCACAGAAGUUAAAUCCGAAGGCAGUACAAGAGGAACCAAUGCCUAUCGCGUGUUUAAAUUUCUGGAGGAAAAGAAGAAACAAAUAAAAAGGCGACGACAUCAGAGCACCGAGUCGGAUGAAGACAGUGGGGUUGAAAGUCCAUCGACUUCUAAGAAGACAAGACCCUAUAGGUUAAGACCCAGGCAAAGAAAGAAACGCUUUGUAAAAAAGGAAGCCGAAUCUUCUUCCGAUUCAUCUGAUGGGCAUGUGGACAGUCCAGACGUUCAACCAGAUGUGAAAGAGGUCAGUUUACCUGUGCCGAGCAAUGACAGUGAUGAGGCCAUCGAUGCUCGUAUUAAGACAGAAUAUACAGAUGAAAAAUUGGGGAUAACCUCAGGGACUUUUCCAAAUCUCGGCUGCGGAUUUGUAAUGAUUCGUUACGGAGAGAAGAGGGAACCACUAGAAAUAAACGAUGAGAGACAAGUAAAAAUUGAUGAUGAGGAUGACAGCAACGAUGAGUCAGAUUCGGACCAAGAGGAUGAAGACAUUUCUCCAUCUAGCAACUGUUAUCACUCCCAUUGUACCAGUGGUUUACAGAUUGCGUCAACAUCGAGACAAAUAUCCGUCCCAGACUACACCAACAUGUUAGCCACGCGCGAAUGUCACGCGUCUGAUGUCAACUUCAUGUCGCAAACAAUUGAUCAGCAGGGCAACCUUGUGAUAGCUGCCCAAGUGGAAAUCCCAGGGGACCCAUCAGACCACAAUACGUUAUCGACACAGCUUCCUAUCCCUGUCAUAGAUUUGAUUCAGGAGCAAUUCAGAAACGUAUCCCAAUCAUGAGCAACUGUGGAGCUGUCCAAGUGUAUUGUUUGAUGUGGAGAAAUUAUGUCUGACCAAAGAAAAGGAGCCGAUUCUACUUUGUAUUUGUAAAACAAAAAAAAAAAAAAAAACCAUUUGAAUUCAUUCAACAUUGAUUGGAAAUAUUGAAAAUUAUUGUGUAAUGGAGUUUUUGCAUAUCUGCAUGUCUUUUUCUUAACAUUUAUAAUUUCGACCAACUUUGAUCAAUUCAUUGCCUUAGUAUUACAGACAAAUCCUGGAAGUACAGAAUCAACUGUUUGAUGCAAUUUAAUAGAUUAAUGUAUCUAAUUAUAAAUACGUAUCUUUUGUAUGUGUAUAUCGGAGAACAGUGACCUAAUAACUCCAGUCUAACAAUAUAUUUGUGACCUGAAUUGAGAUAUCUUACCAUAGGAGGUUGUGAAUGUAUUGCAGCAGUAUUCAGUGUUGUGCAUCGACCUGGGGAAUCGGUUAACAAAACAGGAACAUCUUAUUUCAUAUGACGAGCCUGGUCAACCUGGGUAUUGUUUAAAAAAUUCAAGAUAAAUGGAAAAAUGACCGUGAAGUCCAAGUUCUUAAUCAAACUUCUAUUUUUCAUUGAAUGGCGUGUGUGCAUUACACCUGCAUAUAAUUCAUAUCCUUCUACCAGCGUAAGAUUUUGAUUCCUUUUUAGUUGGCAUUUCAUUUCAUUAACAUUUUGGUACUUGGGAUCAAAGUUACUGACGCCGUGAUAACUCUUAUUUCUUAUUCUGCAAGUAGUGUUGUCGCCAAUGAUUAGAGUAUUGAUCAAUAAACAUAAAAUGUUGUAAAUAAUGAAAAUUGAGAUUGCUUUGUUCAUCUUGUUAAUGUUUAUCAACUUAAGUGAUUCUUUUAAGGCCUCAAUUGAUGCAGGCUCGUCAAAUCAAAUUUUGCUUUCGUUAUCCUUAACGUAAUUUUGAAGCGCCUGUCUUGUAUCUGUAACGAGAAAGUUUCAUUUUGUUUGGCAAUCUUCUUUAUGGACUCCUUCAGAACGUCGAGUAUUUGUGUUAUCAUACCGGUCCUGGUAUUUGUUGUACAUUCCAGGAGAUAAAACCAUGCUAAUCUGACAGGUUUACUUGUUUUCUGCUCAAUUGUUUAUUUUGUUAUUUUAAAAGAUCGUGUUGAAACUUGAAGCGAAACUGUAACACUAACAGGCGGUGUGUAGUGCUGA